AUGUUAUGGAAACUAUUUGUAGAUAAGGAUGAUUGUGAGAAAUGUGUUGCGGUAUUGCAUGAACUUGAAAACAUUGAUGAUGAAGCUGAUGGUCACGAUAUUGGUUUUGUAAAAAUUUCUGAUGAAGAUCUUGCAGAAGAGUAUGGCUUAGAUGAUUUACCUUCUCUUGUUUAUUACAGGAAGAAAAUCCCAAUACUUUAUCAAGGAGAUCUUAUGAAUGAAGAAGAGGUUUUGCAGUGGUUAUUUGAAUUUCAAGAUAUAGGGGAUGAUGAUGAUUUAAUUGAAGAUGUAACAGCAAAUGCCUUAGAAGCUUUGGUUCAGAAAUCGUCACAUUUAGCAGUUUUAUUUUAUGAUGGUGAUAGUAAAAGAAGUAUGAAAGUUUUGGAUCAAUUAGAAAAUAUUGAUGAUGAAGCAAAAAAAGAUGGUAUCACUUUUGUCAAAACUGAUAGUGAAAGGGCUUGUGAAGAUUAUGGUAUAGAAGAAAGACCUGCUUUAGUUUAUUUUGAGAAGACACUGCCAAAUUUUUAUCAAGGUUUCAAAUAUUUAAUUUUAUAUCUUUUUAAGAAAUUUUGUAAUUACACAAUCUAUAUAAUUUUAUUUUAUUAUAAUAAGGAAGCUUUGCAAAAGUAA